GAGGGAAGGUUAUGUGUUUUCCGCUGAUGUGUGCAGCAGUGAUGGAGAUAAAGCACAUAUAUUUAGAGAGGUGAUGGUCAGAGAAGAGGGUCUUAGCAUCAUCUGCAACUCACUACACUGUAUCUAGACACAUCAGCAAAAACCGUCAUGGAGGCAGCCAUCAACACCAUUGUCACCCAGUUCAAGGUGUAUGCUGGGAAUGAUGAAUCCUCCAACACGCUGAGCAAAGAUGAAUUCCACAACCUGGUGACCUCUCAGCUGCCCAACUGCGUCAAGAAUGCAAGCGAUCCCGGAGCCAUCGACCAGCUCAUGCGCUCAAUAGAUGAAAACAACGACGGAGAGCUGACCUUCUCUGAGUUCUGGCAGCUGAUUGGCAAACUGGCAUGUAAACAGGGAGGCUUCAGUCAGUAGAACCUCACCAUCUUCUGUCAUCUCGAGCCAACUGUGCAACACCCAACAAAUCAGUUUAUUUAGGCUGUAAAGAGCUUUAAAAAUGAUUUUAUCACUCCACCACUGUGUGACUCCUUAGUUAACCAUUUAUUGAAUAUGGGAACUUUGAAUUAAAGGUUUCAUUGUUUUAAACCCUCAUGAACCAA